GCAAGGCUUGUACUUGUCCCUGGAGCAGGGAGACCUGCUCUUGUAAGGAAUCAGAUUUUGAGCUUGAAAGUCCCUGCUCUCUUCCCCUCCAGUUCCUCCUCCGGUGCUGCCUCUCCUGGAGGUGUCUGAUGCUUACUGCUAAACUCUCCCCAGGGAAAGCUCAGCUAAUCCAGGCACCACUUGUUGCUGUAAUCCACCGCUGUUGUCCUUCCUCUCCUUCUCCUCUCUCAUAGCUGAGGCCAAAUUCCUUUCUGACAGUGGGACCAGUAGAAGCAGCAGGGUUAUUUCUGUUACGCUGCCUUGGAACAGCUGGGUCCUAUUAAAGCUCCAGCCCAGAUAUAUAAAAGAACGUGAGCAUCUCUCUGAGGCAGAGAGCAUUAAUGCAGUAGACAGGAGGGGAGAAGUGCGGCUCUAGUCCAAGCUCAGCUGAAAGCUGGCUCAGCAUGGGCUGAGUUCUGCCACCAGACCUCUCCUCCCGGGGAGCCGAGGCAGAGGGCACAGAAGGGUGGGAACGGCAGCCACGUUGCAGGAUGCUGCUGUGGUGAGACUUCUCCCCAGUGAUGUUACCCACCGGAGCUGCUGCAGGCAGGAGAGCUGCUGGGGAACCAUCGGUGCCCAGGAGUUGCGGGCUGGGCACAGCAGGCAUCUGCCUCCGAGCAGUGUCACCCCUUUGUCAAGGCCACCUCUGUUGGAAAGAUUUCAUCUUCCAGAAGGAGCUGUUUGCUGCCAGAGACACAGAUUCCAUGCACAACCUCUCUGCCCAGCCCUGGCAGGCGAAGAUGGCCAACCUGACCUAUGACAAUUUCACCCUUGGCAACCGCUCCGAGGUGGCCAUCCAGCCUCCCACUAACUACAAGACAGUGGAGCUGGUUUUCAUUGCCACCGUCACUGGCUCGCUCAGCCUUGUCACCGUGGUGGGAAACAUCCUGGUGAUGCUGUCCAUCAAGGUGAACCGCCAGCUCCAGACUGUCAACAACUACUUCCUCUUCAGCCUGGCCUGCGCAGACCUUAUCAUCGGCGUCUUCUCCAUGAACCUCUACACAGUUUACAUCAUCAAAGGCUAUUGGCCACUGGGGGCUGUGGUGUGUGACCUCUGGCUGGCCCUGGACUAUGUAGUAAGCAAUGCCUCUGUCAUGAACUUACUCAUCAUCAGCUUUGACCGGUACUUCUGUGUCACCAAGCCCCUGACAUAUCCAGCCAGGAGGACCACCAAGAUGGCAGGGCUAAUGAUUGCGGCCGCAUGGAUAUUGUCCUUCAUUCUCUGGGCCCCUGCCAUCUUGUUCUGGCAGUUCAUAGUGGGCAAGAGGACUGUACCUGAGAGGGAAUGCUACAUCCAGUUCCUCUCCAACCCAGCAGUGACCUUUGGCACAGCCAUUGCUGCUUUCUACCUGCCUGUGGUCAUCAUGACGGUGCUGUACAUCCAUAUCUCCCUGGCCAGCAGGAGCAGGGUGAGGCGGCACAAGCCUGAAAGCAGGAAAGAGAGGAAAGGGAAGUCCCUCAGGUUCUUCAAGGGCCCCCUGAUCAAACAGAACAACAAUAAUUCCCCCAAGAGAGCCAUGGAGGUGAAGGAGGAGGUGAGGAAUGGGAAAGUGGAUGACCAGCCCUCAGCACAGACAGAGGCCACUGGCCAUCAGGAGGAGAAGGAGACCUCCAAUGAAUCCAGCACAGUCAGCAUGACCCAGACCACGAAAGACAAGCCCACGGCAGAAAUCUUGCCAGCAGGGCAGGGACAGAGCCCAUCCCACUCCCGAGUGAACCCAUCAUCCAAGUGGUCCAAGAUUAAGAUUGUCACCAAGCAGACUGGGACUGAAUGCGUCACUGCCAUUGAGAUUGUCCCAGCUAAGGCAGGAGCCUCUGACCACAACUCCUUGGCUAACAGCCGUCCAGUCAAUGUUGCCAGAAAGUUUGCUAGCAUCGCCAGGAGCCAAGUACGGAAGAAGCGCCAGAUGGCAGCCCGGGAGAAGAAAGUCACCCGCACCAUAUUUGCUAUCCUGCUAGCCUUCAUACUCACUUGGACUCCAUACAAUGUGAUGGUCCUCAUUAACACCUUCUGUGAGACCUGCGUACCAGAAACAGUGUGGUCCAUCGGAUACUGGCUCUGCUACGUUAACAGCACCAUCAACCCAGCCUGCUAUGCCCUCUGCAAUGCCACUUUCAAGAAAACCUUCAAGCACCUUCUCAUGUGCCAGUACAGGAACAUUGGCACAGCCAGGUAAACUGACACUCAGGGACCACUUCAGCAACAUUAUGGAAGACCUUCCCUUUGCCUCCUUUGUCAGAAGGGACCCUCUGCUCCCCACUCACAACAGUGCAGACUGUGCAGUGAUUGCAGAUGAUGCCCUUCAUCCAGUGCUGACAAAGGUCCAAGGCACCUCUGAGCACCAUCUCUUUCCAGUUACCCUGGGCCUGGGGACUAGCUUGGGGAGCCAACAGAAAAGCCAGAGGCAAGAGGAGAUGUGGUCACCAGGAGCCUUCCCCAGCUCCCUGCUUUUGAGAGAUCAGCCAAGUGGCAUCAGUGUUUGUCCUAAGACUAGACGCCUCUUCUUUCCCUGGCUGACCAUCUCCAGGGCACCAGAGCUUGUCUGCAUGCAGACGGCCUAAUGCUGGAUGCUUUCAGUAGGCUUUAAAACUAUUUAUUAACCAAGAAAUGAAAAGAAACCAGGGCUAAACAUUUGCCAGCCAUUUUGGACCAGGCAUGCAUGGACCAGGCAUGCUGGCUCAGGCAUGCUCCCAGGAAGUCCUGCUGGCCCAACUGGGCCCCAUCCUGAGGCAGUCAAGAUUGUGCACUAGCAGAUGUGGCGAAUUACUUCCUUUCCCUUGAGAGACAUCAUUGUGUAUCCUCACCCAGGGACCAAGCGGCUGGAAACUUUCCCUGGGCUUCAGUUCACUCUCCCCUUCAUGCCCUUUCUGCCCUCUGCCAGUAAUUGGCUGGACAAGCAGACAACCCAUGCAUCUUACUCCUGGGUGAAGAGUGUGAAACCUAGUCACCUCCUACACUGAUGAAAACUAAAACUGCAAAGGAAAGCAGUGGUGUGGUGUGGGACUUCUCUCCAUGGCCCUGGGGGAACAUGGCCCCUAAGAAGUGGGCAACAGCAACAGUGAAAAUAACUGUCCUUGGGAGGGAUGGGGGGAGCUGGGUGUCUUGCAGGGGGUCAGGAAGAGGGUCUGCAAUGUGGCUGAGGUGCCUUGUAUCUCAUCUGGGCCAUGAAUAGGCCCCUGCACUCCUCAUGGCAGCUAUGGAGGCUUGAUGCAUAGCUCCGGAGGUGGGAGAGGAUGGCAGUGGCCCCCAGCUCCACUCCUGCCUCACGUGCAAGGUGAUGCCCUAGGGAAGCUGAAGGACCUGUCUGCUGAGCCUUGUAAAUGGACAUAACCCUGUUGUUGGUGUUGUGGUGGAACCCUCAGCAUGCGGGCUUCGGCCAGUGUCUCCAGCCCCGUUCUCAGCCCACCCAUGUGCGCAGCCCAGACCAACCCAGGGCUGCUCCUCAGCUUGUCCCAAAGCCAGGUCUCUGCAAGCCCUGGUGGGUUCAGCCGAGUGCAGCUGAGGGAAUGGAAUGGGUCCAUGCUGGCACCAGCAAGCCUUCCAUCUGUAUCCCUCCUGCCCCCACGCCAGGGCAAUACUGUGCAACCUGGAGAAAGGCUACCUUGGCCCAGGUGGGUAAUCCCCUUAUGCCACUGCCUUUAGGAUAAUUCACAUAGCAGUGCCCAAAAUGCCUGGCAGGCUUCUGGUUUGGUUUGUUUGUU